AUGGAAUGCUCGAACAUAGAACAAAACGAUGCUGAGGCAAUGUCGAGGUUAGCUAUAAAAAUGGAAAACUGCGCUAUAGCCCUAGAGCAAAUGGACUAUACUGCGGACCUUAACUCCUUGAGAACUUUAGAAGGUAUAGUAAAGAAAUUGCCCCGUGUGUUACAGAUGAAAUGGGCGGAGACUGUCGAAAAGCUAACUGAAACCGAACGAGAACCUACCUUCGCAGAGUUAACGCAGUUUGUGUCAGCACGUGCGAGCAUUUUGCUAAGUAGGUUUGGACAGCUGGCAACAAGCAGUCGACGACCAGAUAGUAAAAUAGCAUGUUCCACGCAGCAGCUAGUACCCGUUGGGGGAGUCCUGAAACCUUCAUGUAUAUUUUGUGGAGGGAACCAUGUAGUCACAAAAUGUACCACAUUUCUGUCGUUACCGGUGGAUGAGAGAUGGUCGAAGGCUAAAGAAACAGGUUGUUGUUUUUCAUGUCUUAAAAGGGGCCACAGGUCCGUAGAAUGUAAAAUUCACAGGGUGUGCAGUGUAGAAGGUUGUAAAGCAUACCAUCACCCUCUGUUACACAAGAAGACCCACCACGCCGUAGGCGAACAACCGGAGAAAGGUAGUUGUGGAUGCACCGAGUCUCUCAGAGAAAGCGUGUGUUUGGGCCUACUCCCGGUACGUGUAAAGCACGGUAAUAAAGAGGUUUACGGUUAUGCUAUCUUGGACAAUGGCUCUGAUACAACUUUGAUCACGAAAAUGUUUUGCAACUUCUAG